CAAAUAUGCCUGCAAGGAAAAGCACCCGAUCUAAGAAGGCUGUGUCUUACGUUUCCACUGACACUAAAGAUGAUGACGUAGAUCAUACUACUGCAACUACUUCUAAUGAUCCUGAUUUUACUGCAGAAAUAGAAGUGAUCUCAGAAACCGAUGAAGUUGAGACUGAGAAAGAAAACCUUCCAGCCAAAAAGAGAAAGACAAUCCACGAUUUCAUGAGUCCAUCUGCCAAGAUCAAACCUAUCACAGAAUCUUCACCGGUUACCCUAGGAGAGCUCCCACAACCGAACACUGCAUCUUCAUCACAACUAUCUCGGCUUGAUGAGCUGCAGAAAGUGAUGACUGAACGUGGUAGGAGCAGUUUGGUCGGUAACCAGUGUGACCGGUCUGACGAGUCAUUUACUGGCAUCUUGUCAAGCAUUAAAAAUGUUCGUGCUAAAGGUACAAAACUUCGAACUCCUUCAUCAGCCAAGACUCCGACGGGAAAAGGUGCUAAAGGCAAGAUUGACGGUAACACAGUUGAGCAAUGGCGGAGACAACUUGGUAACUCUUGCAAAGCUAACAUCAGUUUCGAGAAAUGGACAAUAGCUGCUCGAACACACUUCACCACUGACUUUACUUUGGGAGCAUUCCGGGCUCUGAUAGUCCCUAACGCCAGCAAGGUCCAUCCUGCUGACUUUGAUAGUUCAACUCCUGUUGUAACAGCUAGCUCACGUAAACCUGGCGUUAUAUUUGGGUCUAGUAAAUGUAAGGGCGGGAGUAGGUUUGGGUCGUUCAGUGCUGAAGAGGCUGAGUUUAUUUUUGUUGCUUCUACUAAACAACUUAGUGUGUGGUGGACUAUGGGCUAGAUCAGGCCUAGGUGUUUGUCGAACUAUAAUUUUAACGGUAUUUUUAAUAUUUUACCUGGAUAUUUUAACUUUAUCAAUUUUAAUACUGAAUCCACUGACUGGAUAAUUUAACAAUUUCCGUAGUUACUCUUAGUUACUAAUGUUAAAAUUUAAAACUUUAUAAUAAAUAUGUGCAACUUCGGACUAGUUAAACUCCUAGUAUAUUACCACUUUACGGGAAUAAUUUUACCAAAAGAAGGUUCUCUCGAAAUGGAAUGAAACAUUUUCGGUAGGUGCUGCUCAGCUCUCAUUCCAUCCGUUUCAAUGUCAUGUAGGUUCAAUACAAAUUAUUUUCAUUA